CGAUCGAUCCAUCUCAAAUAUAUAUAUAUAUAUAUAUAUAUAUAUAUAUAUAUAUAAUGGAGCGGAAGCUGAAACCCAUCGAAACCAGAAAACAAAAAUGCGGCAUGGAAAAUGUUGAGAAUAAUAAGUUCAUAGCAGAGGAGCCAGUGAGCCCGUCGACUCGUUUGCUUCAUGACCCCGCAUUCAACCUCCAUAUUCUGGCCAUCAUGGGUUUUAACUCUAAAAUUAACCCUCAUGUUUUCGAACAGAAUUUGCCUCAUACUGUGCUCAAGCACCCUCGCUUCACCAGCUUGAUGGUUGUGGAUAAGGAAGAAAAUGGGAAAAUGAAAUGGGUUGAGACGGAGGUGGACUUGAGUCAACACAUUGAUGAUGAUGAGAAGAAUAUUAAGAAGAGCAAUCAGAAGUUUGUGGAUGAUUAUGUUUACGAGCUGAGCAAAGAGAGAAUGGACAUGUCCCGACCUCUGUGGGACCUCCACAUUCUGAACCUGAAAACACAGGACGCCCAGGCCUUGGCGGUGCUGCGGAUGCAUCAUGCUCUGGGAGACGGCGCCUCCAUCAAUUCCUUACUGCUUGCCUGCACCCGCCAAACUGCUAAUCCUCAAUUAUUCCCAACCAUUCCCACCCGCUCCCCGUCUGCUAAUAAAACCCUAAAGGCGCCUAAGAAUUUGUUGAAACUGGUUUGGAAUACAUUAGUGGACGUCUUCAUCUUCAUCGCUACUCUCUUCUUCCUAAAGGAUUCCCAAACCCCAAUCACGCCAUCUCCUGCCUCAGAAUCCAAACCCAAGCGAUUUGCUUACAGGAUUCUAUCUCUUCAACAUUUAUAUUCCAUCAAACUUGCUACAAACACGACCAUAAAUGACGUAGCGUUGGGAGUUACACAAGCUGCUCUUUCUAUGUAUCUCAACAGAAGUUAUGGUAAAAGAGAUAUAGGAUCAAUCGAAGGACAAAACAAUCUCCCCAAGAAUGUUCGACUUCGAUCAUGUCUAUUUUUCAACCUAAGACCAGCAAAAGGAAUUCAGGCGUUAGCAGACAUGAUGAAGAAGGAGAAGGGAGAGAGCAAGUGGGGUUGGGGAAACCGUUUCGGUUAUGCAAUCCUACCCUUAAAAAUUGGAAUGCUAAAUGAUCCCUUGGAUUAUGUGAGACAAGCCAAGGCAACCGCUGACCGCAAGAAAUACUCAUAUGAACCUAUUUUCACUUAUUUCCUUGCAAAUUUCGUCAUUAAAUUGUUUGGCCCCAAGGCAGCCGCCAUUUUGACGAACAAAAUAUUCAGCAACGCAAGCACGUGCUUCUCCAACGUUGUUGGGCCUCGACAAGAGAUUGAAUUCUAUGGUCACCCCAUUGCCUUUAUAGCUCCUACUUGUUAUGGCCAGCCAAGUGCUCUGAUGGUUCACUUUCAAAGUUAUGUGGACAAGAUGGCUGUUAUUAUAUCUGUUGAUGACAAUGUCAUUCCUGACCCCAAUCAGUUGCUGGAUGAUUUUGAGAAAUCCCUUCAUCUCAUCAAGGAUGCUGCUGCAGCCGCCACAUCAUCACCAGGCCAACCAGCAAUUUAUAAGCCGUACGUGCGCUAGGCAAGCUAUAUAUAUGUUAUAUUGAAGAUCACAUAUCUCAAGUAAUAAUUAAUAAGCUGCAGGAAUGAAACUGUAUAAUAUGUUGUAUGUGUGCUAGCUACCUUAAGUUUAAUUUUGUAAUAAGUUAAAUUGUAUGCUUUCUCUUAGCUACCCAACAGGCCAAUUGCCUAUGGCGGGUGCAGUGGGCUUAGAUAGGUUGGUGUACACCACCCCGCCCGGCCUUGUUAUCUCUAUAUAUGAAAUUAAAUGUAUGUAGUGUUAUUGGAUUCAAUUCAUACUA